AUGCCAACAGAUCGACAGCCUAGAGCAACGCGUAUAGUCCGCGUUCGCACGGGCUGUUGGACAUGCAGGCGUCGCAAGAAGAAGUGCGACGAGAUUCGUCCGAUUUGCGGCGGCUGUUCACGGAAUGAACUUGGCUGCUCGUGGCCAACGAUAAUCCCCGGGAGAAGGAAUUCCAGGCCCGAGAAUGAGCUGUCAAAAGAAAAUGCGGAUUUGAGGCGAUUCAGUCUCGCUGAAACGAUUGACGAACACGAGGCGAUGAGAUUAUCGACAAGUCCAGCGUCAAGGCGGCAUUCCUCCUCAAUUUCGUCGAUCGGGUCGCCAUCAGUUACUGCUAGUGACGAUGCAGAUGAGCCUAUGGCACAGAACUCGCCAGCAGAUCACCGACGAAACUCAUCAACUGGAAGUACCAGUAACAGUGACAUCUCUCUGAUGCACAGGGCCCACGUUGGAAAUGUGGUGCCAAGAACAAUGUCCAUGCUACCAGGCUACGAUCCAGAAUCAUAUCAACUUCUCAGUCAUUAUUUGAGUACCACCGCAGACUGCAUGGCGAACGGAUCAACUCCGAUCAAUCCAUUUCUGGUCCAAAUUGUACCCCUUGCAUUUAGCAGCGAUCUUUUACUCCAACUUGUCAUCACUCAAAGUGCGGCCCAUCGUGCCUUUCGCCGGCGUGAUGAGACAGAUGCUGUCGCCCACUCCCAUUAUUCCAAAGCUAUCAAAUUAUUCAGACACGGGGUGACAGAAUUUAUCGAAGGAAAAGAGCCAAACCCACUCAUGUUACUCGUUGGCGCCCUUUUGAUGUGUUUCACCGAGACGGCAAAAGGCGACAUGACAGGCACAAUAUUCGACCAUCUAUCGGCGGCAAAUACACUGCUCGUGAAACUUCUUGCGCAGACGACCGUGAGCAUGAUCUCAAUAGACGCCCGACUCAGCGGACAGCUUUUUUUAAAUUUCGAGCUUGAGCAACGAGCACGAGAACUUCUACAAACGCAAUAUGUCGGAAACCUCUGCGGCUGCUGGCUUGAAUUACUUCUCCUGAUCCCUUGCAUCUUCGAUCUUGGCCGCCAGUGGAUGAUGGAUGAUGGUCCCGCGACGAUACCCACGGCAGACGAUAUGGCAAUGUUUGCGUCUAUUCAAGCGCAGAUUCUGCGAUGGUCACCUUAUCCAUUUGUGGUUUCGGAGGUCUAUCUUGCUGGGUUGAUCUUUCAGCAAGCCAUGCUCAUUUAUCUGUACACAUCUCUCGGCGGCUAUGAGCACACAUCGGAUGGGAUCUACAAUGGCCUCAUUCAGACGGCCGUUACAGAAGCAAUGACAUACCUGGCGGAGUUAUCCCCCGAAGCACGCAUCAAUUCCGGCUUAUGCUGGCCCAUCGCCGUGGUCGGUUCUUGCCUGAGUAAAACUGAGCAGCAGGACUGUCUCAGAACACGCCUAGUCGCGAUGGCGACGCAUUUUGGCUUGGGAAAUAUGCAGAGAACACUCCUACUUCUUGAAGUGAUGUGGCAGCUACCUCAAUCCGAGGCCGGACCUUGGAACAUCUGUCGGACAAUGCAGCAGAAUCAAAUUUGGAUUUCAUUUGCUUGA